UGAAUGCUGCCAUGCCGAGUCUUGCGGAAGUAAAUAUCCUUGCAACGUGUCUUUCCUCUUUCCGAGCAAAGCGACAGAACAUUUUCGAACGAUGGGUCGCCGCAAGUCCAAACGAAAACCCCCUCCUAAGAAGAAGAUGACCGGGGAUCUAGACACUCAAUUCACCUGCCCCUUCUGCAACCACGAGAAGUCAUGUGACGUCAAAAUGGAGAGAACCAGAAAUACUGGGAUAAUAUCUUGUACGGUCUGUUUGGAGGAGUUCCAGACGCCUAUUACUUAUCUGUCAGAGCCAGUAGACGUGUACAGUGAUUGGAUAGACGCUUGUGAAUCGGCCAAUCAGUAGCCUCGGAGGAGGAGGAGCAAAAAAUAAAUUUUUUUAAACACAUAGAUUUUUUUUUCUCUAGUUUUUAUUUGUUUUUGGCUUUACUUUAGCUGUGUAGAUUUUUUUAAUGCCUGCAAGAAUCCACUGUUGACAAAAUGUGAUUGCGCGCAUGUGUGUGGCCCGAGACAGAAACUACGGACGGCGACCUCUUCGUUGGGAAAACCUGCACGAUUGAAGAUCCGAUGGGAAAUUCAAUGUCAGUUCAUGGCUGACAAUAUUGGGCAGCACAGUGAUUAGCAAUGAACAUACUUGCUUCGCAGCGGUGAGGAUUGGGGUUGGAAUCGCACACGUUCUUUCUCCCACGGUCUAAGAACAUGCAUGUUCGAGUCAUUCCACAAUCUGAAUUGCACAUUGAGGUGAAUGAUGACAAGCGCCCUGCGAUUGACAGGUGACCAGUGCAGUGGCCUCUCUCCCGAGGUCAGCUGGGCAAGAUAUAGUGCAUUUCCAUAAAAAUUAUAAUAAUAAAUGUAUUGUUAAAAAAACAACAACUGAAACUAAUGGCUGCUUUUAUCCUUUUUCCCUCCAAAUUUGAAUAUGGAUCAUGUUUAUGAUGUGUGUAUCUGUAAGGGGUGUGUGUGCAGUUCUCCAAUAAAAGACAAUUUGAUACA